UGUGAAUAAUCACUAAUUUCAACAAGAAUAAUAAAUCGUGUGAGAUAAUGAUAUUUCAUUUGUUAUAGUUACUGAAAGACUAGUGACAAAGCGUCUGUAUGUUACGCGUUUAUUCAAAGUGAUGGAACCAAGCCUAUCAGAAUUGCCUAUUACGGAAUAUCAAUUUAUAAAGACUAUUGGGAAAGGAUCCUAUGGAGAAGUUUGGCUGUGUAGGCAUAAUGUUGACAGGAAGCAUUAUGUUAUUAAGAAAAUAGAUGUGACGAAAUCUUCUGACAAGGAAAGGAAGGCGGCCAAGCUUGAGUGCAAACUCCUUUCUGAAUUUAAACAUCCUAACAUAGUGCAAUACAAAGCCUCCUUCGAAUAUCAAGGUUUUUUGUAUAUUGCAAUGGGAUUUUGUGAAGGCGGUGAUUUAUAUACAAGACUAAGGAUGAGAAACGGAAGCCUUCUACCUGAACGUCUUUUAGUUGAGUGGUUUGUUCAGCUGGCUAUCGCUCUGCAAUAUAUGCACGAAAGAAAUGUUUUGCAUAGAGACUUGAAAACCCGAAAUAUAUUCCUAACACGUACAAAUAUAGUGAAACUUGGUGAUCUUGGGAUAGCCA